AUGAGCGGGAGGAUACUCUCUCAUCGACUCACACCGCUGGUGCGGAACGGCCUGGCUCGCCAUAUCCAUAAUGCAGGCUCCAGGACCGGAGGUCUUCUUCGCGCGAAUAGUGGUGUUGGCCUGAGGGGACGCGCCUGGCCCAUAGGUGCUAAUGGAAUUCACAACAAUGUUCCUGCUGUCAGGGCCUUCUCUUUUGCGCGGCUUCUUCCAAAGCUGGCCCUCAAGCUUGUUCGGCUCCCGGCUAUGUUUGGAGGAGCAACUAUUGCGGGCCUAGCUUAUUUCCAAUACCAAGCAACUCAGGCUGGAAAUUAUGCGAUGGAUAUUUUGAAAACGGCUGGCGAGACGGCAGGAAAUACGGCAUCAAGCUUAUUCCAGGGCAUACAGGAUGUGGCGGAUCAGACACAACGUGGGUGGAAUAAGACAACGGGAGAUAUCGAGAUGCCAGAAUGGCUGCAAAAGAUGUUGCGAGGGGAGGAGGAAUCUCAGUCUCAGAAUGGAGGAGACAAGGAACCCAACGAAAGCCGCGGUCUGACUGCGGGAGUUGCGGCCGGAUCGACUGCAGCAUUUGGCUACGACAAGUCUGACGAAGACGACUCUCGACAAGAAAAGGAGGUCGCCGAGGACGACCAGAUGAUGCUCCUUACCCGCAAAAUGAUCGAAAUCCGGAACAUCCUCCAGACAGUUGGUCAGUCUGGUUCCCUGACUCUGCCAUCGAUCGUUGUGAUAGGAUCCCAGUCCUCUGGUAAGAGUUCGGUUCUAGAAGCUAUUGUUGGACAUGAAUUCUUACCGAAGGGCUCCAAUAUGGUCACCCGCCGACCGAUCGAGCUUACCCUGAUCAAUACUCCUAAUGCUCAAUCGGAGUAUGGUGAAUUCCCGGCCCUGGGCCUCGGCAAAAUCACCGACUUUUCACAGAUCCAACGCACCCUGACUGAUUUGAACCUUGCGGUACCGGAUAAGGACUGUGUUUCAGAUGAUCCUAUUCAGUUGUCCAUUUAUUCACCAAAUGUCCCAGAUCUUUCUAUGAUUGAUCUUCCUGGCUAUAUCCAAGUUGCUGGCCACGACCAGCCCCCGGAGCUGAAACAGAAAAUCAACGAUCUUUGCGACAAAUAUAUCCAGGCCCCCAAUGUCGUGCUAGCCAUUUCAGCUGCUGAUGUCGAUCUUGCAAACUCAACAGCCCUGAGAGCCAGUCGUCGUGUUGAUCCCCGUGGUGAGCGUACCAUUGGUGUCAUCACUAAAAUGGAUCUCGUUGAUCCUGCGCGGGGCCAUGACGUACUCACUGACAAGAAAUACCCUCUUCGUUUGGGAUAUGUUGGUGUUGUCAGCCGCAUUCCUCAAACAACAGCUCUCUUUUCCCGGGGAUCUGGAAACAUUACCAGCGCCAUCCUAAAGAACGAGAAUGCCUAUUUCUCGGCCCACCCCGCCGAGUUUGGAAAUCACUCCGAUGUCGCAGUUGGCGUCUCGACCCUCCGCAAAAAGCUUAUGCAGGUCCUCGAGCAGACGAUGGCAGCCAGCCUAUCGGGCACCAGAGAUAGCAUCAGCCAGGAGUUGGAAGAAGCGACCUACGAAUUCAAGGUCCAAUAUAACGAUCGGCCUUUGAGCGCUGAGUCCUACCUGGCUGAAAGCCUGGACAGCUUCAAGCACUCCUUCAAGGCAUUCGCCGAGUCAUUUGGCCGACCCCAGGUCCGGGAAAUGUUAAAAGCUGAACUGGAUCAGCGUGUCAUGGAUAUCUUGGCGCAGCGCUACUGGAACAAGCCCGUUGAGGACUUGAGCCCGCCAAUGCUAGAGCUUGAUCCGCUCAAGGACCUACCGAAGGCUGACGUUGAGUCCCUUUAUUGGCACCGAAAGCUGGACGCGUCCACUUCCUCCCUGACAAAACUAGGCAUUGGUCGACUUGCUACCACCGUAGUUGCCAAUGCUCUCCAAAACCACGUCGAAUCGCUCCUGGCAUCUUCCACUUUCGCCACACAUCCAGGUGCUCAUAAACAGAUCACAGAUGCCUGCACAAGCAUUCUGAACGACCGCUUCUUUAGCACUAGUGAUCAAGUCGAGAACUGCAUAAAACCAUACAAGUUCGAGAUUGAGGUCGAGGAUCCGGAGUGGUCGAAGGGCCGUGAAAAUGUUAGCAAAGUGUUGAAGGAAGAACUCAAGGCGUGUGAAUCAGCCAUCAAGAACGUUGAGGACAACGUUGGCAAGCGAAAGCUCAAGGAUGUCAUGUCUUUCAUCGACAAGGUUCGCAAGGGUGAUAUCGUGCUCGAGGGCAACGGCGCUGGUGGUGCAGGCGGUUUCAGCGCUGCUCUUCUGGAGAGAGGUCGAGACGGUGUCUUCCUUCGCGAUCGAGCUGAUCUCAUUAAGAUGAGACUUAUGGCCGUCCGAUCCAAGCAGUGCGCCUCACAAAAGAACAAAUACUACUGCCCCGAGGUCUUCCUCGACGUAGUAGCAGACAAACUUACCUCAACCGCCGUCCUCUUCCUAAAUGUCGAGCUCCUCUCCGAGUUCUACUAUAACUUCCCCCGUGAACUCGACAUGCGACUCGGUCGACAUCUCUCUGAUGCCGAAAUCGAACGCUUCGCACGCGAGGACCCUCGAGUCCGCCGCCACCUCGAUAUCAUCCGUAAGAAGGAGCUCCUUGAGCUGGCCCUGCAGAAAAUUGAGGGGAUUCGACAACUGGAUGGUCGUAAAGCGAGCCGUGGCCCCGAUCGUACCCAAGCUGCGAAGGAGACUCGUGGCCGCUGGGGCAUUUUCUGA